AUUCCAGAAAGAAGCAUAUGACAGCUAGCUAGUGGCGUGUUGUCAAGUGGACUGUUCCCCACUUGAAGUAGAUAUCUAAAUCAUACAAAAACCCAUCAUUGUUGACUUUCAAACCCAAUGCAAAUUAAAAGCCUUUUUCUUUUCGAUCCCUAUACAAUUAAAUUACCUAUAUAUAUGCACCUUGAAAUCCAUAUAUACAACGCACUCACCACUAAAACCAGAAAAACCAAAAUGGUUACUUCUUCAAUUUCAUCUAAUUUUCUCUUCCAUUGUUUCCUUCUCUUGAGCUUCUUCUUUGUUGCAAUAACCCAAGCUGAAGUUCCAUCAGAACAAACCUUCAACUUCAUCAACCAUGGUGAAUUUGGAAAACCAAAAGCCGAAUACAAUGCUAACUACCGUGUUAUCCAAACCAAAAACCAUAAUUUCUUUACCUACCCUUUCCAGCUGUGCUUCUACAGCACCAUCCCUGGUUCUUACAUAUUGGCCAUCAGAGCUGGCAUUCCGGGCGACCAAACCCCCAUGCGGUGGGUCUGGGACGCCAACCGCAACCACCCGGUCGGCGAAAACGCCACCCUCUCUUUCGGCUCGACCGGAAACUUGGUCCUCGCCGAGUCAAACGGCCGCAUUGUGUGGCAAACGGACACAGCCUACAGAGGUAUAACCGGCAUUAAAUUGCUCCAAAAUGGCAACUUGGUCCUUCACGACCCCCAAGGAAGGCCCAUCUGGCAGAGCUUUGAUCAUCCAACCGACACUCUUCUAGUUGGCCAGUCGCUUUGGACGCACGGCGUUAACAAGCUCGUAAGCCGUAGGUCUGACACCGAUGGCUCAGAUGGGCCCUACAGUUUGGUCCAUCAAGAAAACCGAGGAUUGUAUUUGUACGUGGAGGACAACCACGGCCAGCUCAUCCGAUACAACGGUUGGCUCUAUAGCCAACAUUCGGCCACCGUGAUCUUGGAAGGAAAGCCGGCGGCCGACGACAACAACAACCACAAAUCUUCGGCUAAUAAUUAUGAACUCACUUUCACAAUCUACGGAAGCCAAAGGGCGACGAUUAAUCCUCAGCUUCCACCACCAAUCGAUAUAUUCACGCUCAGAAAAGUCAACUAUAACACCACGCUUUCUUUCGUAAGAAUUGGAUCCGAUGGCAAUCUCAAGGCCUACACAUAUCAGGUGGGAAGCAAUGGAAGGAGAUCCAAAUGGGAAGAGAGCUACGCAUAUUUCUCAACAUAUUGGGCGAGCCUAUGCACCUUGCCCACCAGGUGCGGUUCGUUCGGGUUGUGCGAAAGGGGCGUCUGCUUGGCAUGCCCGACUCCCAAAGGGCUUGUUAGUUGGAACAAGAGCUGCUCACCGCCCAAGUUGCCGCCGUGUACGACUAGUGGAGCGGUGGCGGCGAACAAGAAGGUGAAUUACUUUAAUGUAACGGGGGCUCAGCAUUUUACUAGUAAUGAAGCCGUUGGUGGAGAAGGAAUGAGCUUUGAGGAGUGCAAAAGCAAGUGUGAUACGGACUGUAAGUGUUUGGGUUUCGUCAUGUUCGAAGAUUUCAGGUGUAUUAUUGCUACUGUGUUGGGAACCCUCUCAAAGACCCAGAAGAAUUACACUGCAUACAUCAAGUAUUAAUAUAUUCAAAACUUAGUGAGAGAGGAUUUUGUGGUAUUAAUUUAAUAUUAUUUUGCAUGGAAAUUAUAUAUAUAUAUAUAUAUGUAGUUUUUCGGGUUUUAAUUAAGAAGUUUAAAUUCUCUUGUAAUAGCUAUAGCUCGGAUGUAACUUUCAUUAAGAAAUAAAAUUCAUUUGUUUUUAUUUGA